GCAAACAUUUGGAAAAGCCAUCAGACUCACAGUAAAUUCAAACAAAAGUCCUGUCCGCCCAACACUGUCCAUCCUCACCCCAGGUGGGACUGAGGGUGGCAGUCCUGAGGUGUGCCUGGCAGCAGGCUUCUUACCCAAGGAUGAAGUCAUGAAUCUGACCCAGGUGAAAAAGGGUCCUUUAAGCCACAGGACAAUCACUGCAGCUUUGUCAAGUAGUAAUACCUUCUACUAUGCGGGAUACUCCGAAGACGGUAUAGAGAACUGUGAGAUGAUGAACGUUAAGGCUGAGAGAACGAAGAGUACCAGUGAUGAUGACGGAACAAAGAGUACCAGUGAUAAUGACCCUACCAAAGGUAGUGACAUAGCUGUUCCUACUUCGGUCGUUUGCAAAGAUGAGGAACCCCCCUCUGAUCAAACUGAUACCAACUAUCCCAAUUACACAAAGGUGAACUUCACAUCACUAGUUGUGUAUGGUUUAAGAGUUCUGUUUGCCAAAGCCGUGGCAUUCAAUGUGUUAUUUACUGUCAAGGCCCUUGUGUUCUAGGUAAGUGGACUUAACUUUGUUUAUGUGUGGCAGAUUGUUGACAUGAAUUAAUGAAAUUUCAAACCAAUAUAAUAAAAUCCUUCUAUCCCUUACUAUUCUG